AGCGGGACAUUCCCGGUGCCCUCCAGAGGUUGUUGACAGCCUCCCGGGAGGUCCCUGUUGUCGCGGUUGCCGGGAGAUAGAGUCGCGUUCCACGGGCACAUUCCGCAGGUUCCGGGCCCGCUGGGAAGGCCCCGCACCUCCAGGGCACCUCCAGCCAUGGCGUAGCGCCGUGCCUCGGGCCAUUCCCGCCGCCAGGGCCCCAUUCCCAGAGCCAGGAUGCCGUCCCUGCCGCAGGACUCGCCCGCCGCGGGACUGGGGACGGGGUUCCCCAUGGUGAGGGGCCCCCGCUCGGGGCCCCUGGGCUCCUACGUCACCACCUACGAGGCGGCCUUCGGGAAGCGGCGCUCGGGCUCACCCCGAAAGCCGAGGGAGGGGCGAAUUUGGGGGAUCAAGCCCCCCAGCGACAGGAGCAUCCGGCCCCUCCUCGGCGUCCACACCGGCUCAGGAUACGUUGUCAACAACUACUCGGCGCUCAAAUCCCUGAUCUUCCCUCACGUGGAGCGCCAGGACACCGACGUGUCCACCACCUCCGAGGACUUCAAGGUCUUCGGGCGCCCGGAUUACCAAAGGAUGUUGCCCGAGCACGUGGAUGAGCCACAGUGUCCGUAUCCCACCGGCUUCUCCUUUUCCCACCUCCGUUUCGGGGAGGUGAGAGCCCCGAAUGCAUCCGGGGAAUACGGCACCCAGAGCCACUGUGCCAGUCCUGCCAAGCCAGAUGUCCCACCGAGGGUGACGGAGCUGUCGGGCUGCGCCGGGACCGCGCCGAGGAGUGACCUCACCCUGCCAGAGCAGCCCCUUGAUGUCGGUGGUGGUCGGAUGGAUUCCUUUCCUGCCAUAUGCAGCACUCCUGCCAUGGGCCACCCUGCCCCCUUCGCCCCCCCGGAGCUCCGAGUGGGACCCAAGGGAGUCAUUGCCGUGAAGAAGCCACUGACCUACAGCACUGUCCACAACAAAUUCCUGAACAAGCUCUCGCCGCUGGCCCCCGUAGCACCAGGUGAGUUUGUGGGGGCAUUGCAUCCCCCAGGAGGAGUGGCACCCCCUCACCAAUCCCUCCUGGAUUUUCCAGGCUGGUGGGCACAGACUCCAACCACCUGGGCCCCGAGGUCUGUGGAGGGCAUCCAGAUCCCGAGUCCCAGUGGCUUCAGCACCAACAACCGCCCCACCAACCUGUGGCGCAUCGAUGACCCCCUGACGUGACCCCCCAAAAAGUGCUGCUGCGUCCUGGGAAUCCCAUCCUGGGCUUUUCCCAAAUCCCCGUAGGAGGAAUAAAGACCCUGCGUGAUGCCCUUGGGUUGCUCCCUCAUGUUGGGGGUUUCCUGCAUCCCCAAGG